AGAAAGAAAAAAAUUCCUUCUCUCUCCUUAAGCAAGGGAACGAACGAACGAGAAGCUUUCCUUGUUUUUCGAGGUUUUGGAUUGAGAAUUCAAGAGAAGGAUAGAAGAAGGGCAUCUUUGGGAGUCUCUUUUUGAAUUCUUGGAAUGGCAUGGUCACCAAAAUCAGCCGCCAAUGCUUAUCUCGAUACACUGAAACUGUGCAAAUUCGACUAUGAACGCCAUCACAAUUCAUUCAAAUCUGCCGAGCCGGCGACCAACGAGUUCAUUUCAGCCCUAGCGGCUGGCAUGUGCGCGCAGCUCAUUGUGGAAGUCUCAUUUGGCGUCUCCAAAAUGACAAUAGCCCUGGCGGUUGCGGCCCGCCAAACGGGCGGUCGGCUUGUCUGCAUUGUCCCAGAAGCGCAGGCACUACCAGAAUUGAAGCAGUCUAUCAAGGACUCAGGCCUCAAGGACAUUGUCGAAUUCAAGGUGGGUGACCCGCUCGAGCUAUUGCUAGAGUACAAGAACAUCGACUUCUCCCUCGUCGACUGCAAGACCCAUAACUACUCGGCAUUGCUUCAGCUGUUGGAUGUUAAUCCGAGGAGGUCUGUGGUGGUGGCCAACAAUCUAGUGGGAGGGAGAAAAGGUCUAGGUGGCCAUAUGAGUGGGAUGAUGGGAGCCGUUAGAUCAAUGAAGCAUCCCAUAGGGAAGGGUAUGGAAGUGACCAUGAUAGGAAAGAGUGAUGAGUUUGGAAAAAGGGAGAGGAAAGCUGGUGUGGAAAGAGUGAGGACCCCACGCAAGAGCAAUUGGAUUGUGAAGGUUGAUGAGGUUAGUGGGGAGGAGCACAUCUUUAGGGUGCCUAGGUUCAUUUAGAGAGAUGAAAUGGCCCACUUGGACACUACUCUCCUAUGAUGCUAAUGUGGCAUAUGUAUAAGAUCUAAUUCGUUCAUUUGAUGUGUUGAACUGCAAGUAUCAUGCGGCCCAAAAAAUCAUGCCAACUCCUUUUGAAGGUGUUUCUUUUUUAAAGGAUGGCUAAAAAGAAUCAAGUUGUGAUUCACAUAUAGAUGAACCAACUGGCCUGAUUUUCAGUCCAUGGCACAUACAAAGUUGGGCCCACCUGAUGAACGAACUGGAAUUAAACACAAGUGCCACAUGUGUAGGGAAGUGGGAUUCGGAUGGUCUGGGAUCUUUUUUCUGCCACAGGAAAAAAAAAACAGAGUUUUGUUAUAUAAAAGCCCAUGUAGGGUAAUAUGGUUUUGAUACCUAGCAUUGAGCAAUGAAGUAUCAGGCCAAGAAAUUUUUUUAGAAGCAAAUAAUAAUGGGAGAAGAUCAUUCAUUUGUUUUUCAUUAAUGGUGUUUGUUUAAGCAGGCUUGCUUGAAUGCUAAGA